CUUGUUUGUUGACACUAGUACGUCAUGCAGUCGCCUUUUAGAACGCGGUACGGCGGCGUAUCUCGGACUAGAAACGUCGAUUAAAACACAUCUACACUAAAUAAACACACGUGUUACUCGCUUUAUGCGAUAUUGUGAGGUGUUGACACUAUAUAACAUAAUAAUAAACAACAGUGCAGUGAACGAACAAAAAGAGCGGGCAAAAUCAGUGCAAGUGACGAUAAAACAUUCUAUUUAUAGAUUGCCUAUGGCGCGAUAAUAUUAUUCGUUGCUACAGCCACUAACACGCCGUAUUAAGUUUGGUAAAAACUAUAUACUCAGUAACACAUAAUUCGUUUAUAUGCCAACAUUUUCGCUCUUAUAUUUUUAAGGAAAACAGCGGCAUAAACUUGUCUGACAGCUCACACACAUAAACAAAAUACACUGAUUGCAGUGCGCAUGUUUGCGUGAACGAGUGAUGUAAAAUUCUUGCGCUUAUCGAUUAGUUAGAUAAUUUCAAGGACUUUGAUACAUCUUGUACGAAUGCAAUAAAACAAUAUAAAACUUUAUUAAAAAUGGAGAUGCCUAUCAAGGAAAAUCCGAUGCCAAGAAGCGAUUCCACGAGUUCGAACCAGCUAUUUAUUGCUGAGAAUUUAGAUUUGCCCGACGAUACUUUUCGUAUGAGUUUAGAUUAUUUGACUGAAAUUGGAGAAAAUGUCACAAUAGGGGGCAGGGACACGUCAAUUGAUAGCGUUAGGGUUAAACACGAUUCUAUCACCGCAAAGACACCUUCAAUUCCUAUAACUCCUACAUCUUCGACUCACAAAUCACCGGUCCCUGAAUCGCCACUUUUACCCCCUGAGAAACAAUUAUGCGAAACACCAAAGCUUCUAGACGAUCUAAAAGAUUGUAAACAAAUCAAUCUAUUGAAGCAAUCACUCACAAAAAAAGAAAACGAUGUUUUCGUAAGGCCGUCGCCAGUUGCGGAAGUAAUGUCGCCAGCUAAGAUGCUACAAUUCGAAAUUGACGUUAGAAGCAGCGCAACCCCUACCAUGAAGCGGGCGGCGAUCGACUUCAAUUUCUUCAACGAUAAUAAAUUCGAAGAGUACUUUAAAGACGAGAAUGAUUCUAAUGAAAAGGAAACUGGCGUGGCGUACAAAGAGACUCCGGUGAUAGUGAAGGCUAGCACCGUUCGACACGAAAUAGGCUACGGGCUAUGGAAUAUUUCGAUACUCGCCAACCUUCGUUCAUAACUCGGUCACAAUAUCAUGUGUACCACUUUGGAAAUGGUCGGGAAACACAAGUAUCCAACGAAAGAUACAGUGACCAAGUACUCAGAGACUACCGAUCUCUAUAAUGAGUUUGAGAAGAAAAGGGUCGCUAUUGGAAUUUACCGCGUAAGGGACUACACAUUCAGAAUUGAAUGUUUUAAUAGAUAGAUUAUAAAUAUUAAAUACAACAAAUGAAAGUAGGUUAUUACAAUCCGAUAUUUGUUUUAUGUUAUCAACUGCAACUAUUACAGUAUUUUAUGGUAUAUAUAAGGUGACAAUUGUUGGAAUAAUAGUCACGUAAUGAGCAAUAUAAUAGAAAAAAAACGUGAGCAACAAAAAGUAAGAGUCUAUUUUUAUUACUUUCCAGCUUUCUGUUAUAAUCACGUAUCAAAUAAUGUAAAUUUUAAUUAAUAUUGGAAAUUAGAUGUCAUAGACAAAAACUCUUGUCUUUUAUCCUUGAGGCUGAGUAGAUACUACAGCAGGCACAAUUUUCCCGCAAAUGUAAUACUUAUAGACUGCAUAGAAUGUUUCCGAUUUAAAAGAAAUGUAUUUCUUUUGUAUUUAAAUAAAACAGA